GAACAUGCGUUCAAGGGAAUAUUGACCAGUCUUCCCAAGCCUGGAGGUGGCGAGUUUGGGAAAUUCUAUAGUUUACCUGCUUUGAAUGAUCCAAGAAUCGACAGGCUGCCAUACUCUAUAAGGGUAUUUUUAGAAUCUGCAAUACGUAAUUGUGACAACUUCCAAGUUACCAAGGAUGAUAUUGAAAAUAUUGUUGAUUGGGAGAAUACAUCUCCUAAGCAAGUUGAAAUUUCCUUCAAGCCUGCUCGUGUUCUCUUGGAGAACUUUGCUGGAGUACCUGCUGUGGUUGACCUUGCUUGCAUGCGGGAUGCUAUGAAAAAGCUCGGCGCUGAUCCUAACAAGAUCAAUCCAUUGGUUCCCGUAGAUCUUGUUCUUGAUCAUUCUGUUCAAGUUGAUGUCAACAGGUCUGAAAAUGCAGUACAGGAUAAAAUGGAACUUGAGUUUCUGAGAAAUAAGGAGAGAUAUACUUUUCUUAAGUGGGGAUCUUCUGCUUUCCAUAAGAUGCUUGUUGUUCCUCCUGGUUCUGGAAUUGCUCAGCAGGUUAAUCUGGAAUACCUUGGGAGGGUUGUUUUUAACACUGAUGGCAUUCUGUACCCUGAUAGUGUGGUUGGUACUGAUUCCCACACAACUAUGAUUGCUGGGUUGGGAGUUGCAGGCUGGAGAGUUGGAGGAUUAGAAGCUGAGGCAACAAUGCUUGGUCAGCCAAUGAGCAUGGUGUUGCCUGAAGUUGUUGGAUUCAAGUUGUCGGGGAAACUACGUAAUGGUGUCACCGCUGCUGACUUAGCUUUAACUGUGGCCCAAAUGUUGAGGAAGCAUCGUGCUUAUAACAGCUUUGUUGAGUUUUAUGGUGAGGGUAUGGGUGAAUUAUCAGUAGCUGAUAGGGCCACCAUUGCUGACAUGGCUCUUGAAUAUAAGGCAAUCAUGGGCUUCUUCCCUGUUGAUCAUGUCACUUUGCAGUAUCUCAAAUUCACUGGAAGAAGUGAUGAGACAGUAUCAAUGAUAGAAGCAUAUUUACGUGCAAACAAAAUGUUUGUUGACUACAAUGAGCCUCAACAAGAAAGAGCAUAUACAUCUUCUCUGCUGUUGGACUUGGCAGAUGUUGAACUCUGCGUUUCAGGAAUAAACCGGCCUCUUGAAGUAGUUUCGUUGAAAGAGAUGAAGGCUCACUGGCAUGCAUGUCUAGAUUACAACCGUGGAUUUGAGGGCUUUGGUAUACCAAAGGAAAAACAGGAUAAGGUGGCAAAAUUUUCGUUCCAUGGAGAACCAUAUGAACUUAAGCAUGGUAGUGUGGUCAUCUCAGCUAUUACGAGUUGUACGAACACAUCAAACCCUAGUGUCAUGCUCGGGGCUGGUCUUGUUGCAAAGAAAGCUUGUGAACUUGGUUUGCAGGUUAAACCGUGGAUUAAAACAAGUCUUGCACCUGGUUCUGGAGUUGUUACAAAAUAUCUGCUCCAGAGUGGUCUGCAAAAAUACUUGAACGAGCUGGGCUUUCAUAUUGUUGGUUAUGGCUGCACAACACGUAUUGGCAAUUAUGGGGAACUUGAUGAAUCAGUCGCUUCUGCAAUUUCAGAAAAUGACAUUAUUGCUGCUGCUGUUAUUUCUGGAAUCCGAAACUUCCGUCGCCGUUUUCAUCCAUUAACAAGAGCUAACUAUCUUGCUUCACCUCCUUUGGUUGUUGCCUAUGCACUUGCUGGCACGGUUGACAUUGACUUUGAUAAAGAGCCAAUUGGAACAGGGAAAGAUGGGAAGAGUGUAUACUUCAAAGAUAUCUGGCCCAGUAAUGAAGAAAUCGUAGAGGUUGUCCAAUCUAGCGUGUUGCCUGAUAUGUUCAAGAGUACUUAUGAGGUUAUCACAAAGGGCAACCCUAUGUGGAAUCAGCUGUCAAACCCUUCUUCCACUCUUUACUCUUGGGAUCCAAUGUCAACCUACAUUCAUGAGCCACCAUAUUUCAAGGACAUGACUAUGGACCCACCUGGUCCAAAUGGAGUAAAAAAUGCCUACUGCUUGAUCAAGUUUCAUGACUUGUUAGACACUGAUUGGAUAGCUGCAGCAGGGAGGAUCGACAAGGAUAGCCCUGCUGCAAAGUAUCUCCUUGAGCGUGGGGUUGCUCCCAUGGACUUCAAUACCUAUGAUAGUCGUCGUGGCAAUGAUGAAGUCAUGGCAAGGGGUACCUUUGCCAACAUUCAUCUUGUCAACAACCUCUUGAAAGAAGAAGAAGAAGAAGAAAGGGGCCCAAAGACAAUUCACUUCCCAACAGGAGAGGUGCUUAAUGUGUUUGAUGCAGCAAUGAAGUACAAGGCUGCUGGGCAGGACACCAUUGUCUUAGCUGGAGCAUUUUUUGGAAGUGGCAGCUCUCCAGAUUGGGCUGCUAAGGGUCCAGCGCUGCUGGGAGUGAAAGCUGUGAUAGCGAGGCACUUUGAUAGUACUUAUCGCAGCAAUCUUGUGCGAAUGGGGAUCAUUCCACUUUGUUUCAAUGGUGGUCAUUAUGCUAACACACUUAGAUUGACGGGUCGUGAGCGCUACUCAAUAGACCUUCCCAGCAAAAUCAGUGAGAUAAGGCCUGGCCAAGAUGUAAUUGUGACAACUGACACGGGCAAAUCUUUCACUUGCACGGUCUGCUUCGAUACCAAGGCGGAGUUGUCAUAUUUUGAUCAUGGUGGCAUUUUUCCAUACGUCAUCCGAAACCUGAUCAAAAAGUAAGCAAUUGAAGCUCCUGCUCUUGGUUAUUUUCUCCUUCGAAAUGCGGUUUUUGUUAAUCAAACCAAUGAUCUAAGAUAUUUAGAAAGUUUGAUUGUAAAUCAAGAUUAUGGUAAAUACAGUUGACGGAAAAGUUUAAUAGUCUUAAUAGCUUUUAGUACUCUU